AUGGCUGUUUUCGCUCCUGUGCUCUCUCAGGACUUCACAAAUCAAGCCGCAAAGAAGCUGGUAAUUCCCGCCCAGAAAAUUGAAACAGUACGUACUGACUAUCUUGGUCUUGCAUUUCAGGUGAACCUAGUUGGAGGAUACUAUGAUGCAGGUGAUAAUGUCAAGUUUGGCCUUCCAAUGGCCUUCACUACUACAUUGUUGGCAUGGAGUGUCAUUGAAUUCGGUAGCUCGAUGCCAAAUCAGAUUGAGAAUGCCAAAGCUGCCAUUCGGUGGAGCACUGACUACCUUCUAAAAGCAGCCACUGCCACCCCUGGCACACUAUAUGUUCAAGUUGGAGACCCGAACAUGGAUCACAAGUGCUGGGAGAGGCCAGAAGACAUGGACACACCACGCAAUGUGUACAAAGUUACCGCGCAGAACCCGGGAUCGGAUGUGGCUGCCGAGACAGCUGCUGCAUUGGCUGCAGCUUCAAUUGUUUUCAAGGAGUCUGACCCUUCUUAUUCGGCCAGAUUGCUUCAUACGGGGAUGGAAGUAUUCAAUUUUGCAGACAGGUAUAGAGGUUCUUACAGCGACUCUCUCAAUUCAGCAGUCUGCCCAUUUUACUGUUCCUACUCAGGAUACCAAGAUGAGCUUCUUUGGGGUGCGUCAUGGAUUCACAGAGCCUCACAAAAUGGCUCGUAUUUGGCUUACAUCCAGUCAAAUGGUCACACAAUGGGUUCCGAUGAUGAUGACUACUCCUUUAGCUGGGAUGACAAGCGACCUGGGACUAAGAUUCUUCUUUCCAAGGAAUUCUUGGAGAAAACUACUGAAGCAUUUCAGCUGUAUAAAUCGCAUUCAGACAACUAUAUAUGCUCUCUAAUUCCAGGAACUUCUGGUUUCCAGGCCCAAUACACUCCUGGGGGGCUUUUUUAUAAAGCAAGUGAAAGCAAUUUGCAAUAUGUGACCACAACAACUUUCCUUCUCUUGACAUAUGCCAAGUAUCUUGGCUCAAAUGGAGGAGUUGCCACAUGCGGUGGUUCAACAGUGACAGCAGAGUCGCUCAUUGCACAGGCGAAGAAGCAGGUGGACUAUAUCUUAGGUGAUAAUCCAGCGAAGAUGUCUUACAUGGUUGGAUUCGGUAACAGGUAUCCGCAACAUGUGCAUCACAGGGGUUCCUCAGUGCCAUCUAUACAUGCACACCCAAAUCGCAUUUCCUGCAACGACGGGUUUCAGUACCUCUACUCCAGCUCUCCCAAUCCGAAUGUCCUUGACGGUGCCAUAUUAGGCGGUCCUGAUAACAGAGACAAUUUCGCUGAUGAUCGAAAUAACUAUCAGCAAUCCGAACCAGCUACAUAUAUCAAUGCACCAUUUGUCGGUGCUCUUGCUUUCUUCUCUGCCAAAAAUUAA